AUGUCCCAAUUCACAUCUCCCUCGCCGCCUCCUCUCCGCCACCCUGUACCAACACACCCAGCCUACAUCCCGGAGCCACCGUCGACGCCAGCCUCUCCUCAAGGUUACCAACGUUUUACGUCUUCACCUGCACCUCCCGGUCCACUGCAACAACAACAAGCCAUCGGACUUGGGCCAGGUGUAGGAGGUCUACAGGGACAGCAGCAGCAGCAGCAAUACGGACCCGCAGGAUUCGGUGGACCGCAAGGCAGGCAGUUCGCACAGCACCCACAGGGUGGAGGCGGAGCGAACCACCUGCAGGCAUACCCGACGCACGUCCCGGCGUACGGUGUGCCGUCGCCGUUUGCUCACUCGCAAGCCCAGCAGCAGCAGCAGCAGCAGCAGGGCGUGCCACCGCCGUACCUGCAUGGGCAGAUGCAGGGCUCGAUGCACCCGCAAGACCGUCAUGGCCAGCACGGAGGACCGGGUUUCGAACCUCCCAACUUCGCCGCGUGGGGCCUCGAUGGGACGACGGCGCAGCUGGGGAUGCAGCUGGGGAGUAGCGCGGUUGCGGCAGGGCAGGAUUACAUGCAACGAAAUUUUGGAACCAUCCUCCCCUCGACGUACAUCAAGCACCAUUUCAAUGUCUCCAACUCCUACGUGAUCACUAAACUGCGCCUGGUCCUCUUCCCGUGGCGACAGAAGUCUUGGGCUCGCAGGUCGCGUAUUAGUUCUGGACCGGCAGGAGGGCAGGGUGGGCAAGGUCAGAACCAGGCCGUGCAGGAGUGGAUGGCGCCGAGGGAGGACGUGAAUUGUCCAGACCUAUAUAUCCCUGUGAUGGCCAUCGUAACCUACGUCCUCCUCACCGCUCUACACGCCGGUGUCCACUCUACAUUUGAUCCUAGGAUCCUCGGUGACUCCGCCUCCCGCGCAACAACCGUAGUCCUCCUCGACUUUGCGUUUGUCAAGCUUGGGUGUUACAUCCUCAACAUCACCGGCUCGUCACAGGUCGUAGACCUUGUCGCGUAUGGCGGGUAUAAGUUUGUUGGAGUCAUAUUGGCCGUCGUCGCCAGUUUCUUUGGCGUGUCCGGCGCCCUCUGGUGGUUCGUGUUCGUAUAUGCGUUCCUAGCAAACGCCUUCUUCCUGCUUCGCUCUCUCCGCACGCUCAUCCUCCCGGACGCGUCGACCGCCCCACCGACACACGCCACGUCGACGGUGACGCAUGCACAACGUCGGCGCCGGAUUGUCUUCUUGUUGUUGGAGGCGGUGCUACAAGCCGGGUAUAUGGGAUGGUUGGUUAGGGUUUGA